UCGGUCCAACGCAACUUAUCGGCCGAUAAUAUUCCGCCCAGUUGAACUCUCUCAGCCUCACCUCUGCGAAGGCCUGGCUACGACGACAUAGCCAGGGACCCUUGGCGCCAUAGCUGGGGCUGCGGAAGAGAGCUCCGCGAGGGUAUUGACUGUAUGGAAGUGCAUGGGGAUAUCGUUCGGAGGAAUUGUAUGUCUAUACCAGGCGCAACUCAACAGGCACCAUGUGAUCCAUCAGCAGAUUCCGCGGACGUAGAGCAGGUUCGGCAAGAGGAUCAGCCGCACGCCGGUGAUUGCCCAUCGUCGUUGUCACGAUUAGAAACGAGGAUGACUCUGAACGGCAGCAGUGCUGUGGUUGUGGAAUCUGCCGGUUGUGCCAAUGUUGUCCCGAGUGGCGCUGAUGACUGCGAUGACGAUGCUGACGAUUUGUUUCUAGAUCCAAGCAUUUUCAUCGACGAAAGUUACGAGCCACGGUCCUUCGCAUUUGCAGACCAGUCAAUCACCGUGAAUUGUUUGCGGGCAGGGUCAACAGAUUACGACCUAACGGGGCAACUAGUGUGGCCCGGGGCCGAGUUGAUGAAUGCUUAUGUGGCAAAACAUGCGGACAGAUUCACAGACGCAUGCGUAAUAGAGCUUGGCGCAGGCGUCGGAUUGUCAGGAAUCCUGUUGUCGCGGUUUGCACGCCACGUCCUGCUCACAGAUCACAAUGACACCGUUCUACAUGUAAUGAGACAGAACGUGGUUUUGGAAGAGAAUCGGCGAAGGGAGUGGCAGAAGCAGCAGGAGAUGGUUCAUGUUCCCGCUGAAGUUGGCGCAUCAGAUGUUGGAUCAUGUUUGGUCACAGAUGAGAAGUCCUUGUGUAAGUCCCGGGAGCAGCAGCAACAGCAGCAACAGCAGCGACAGCAACAGCAGCAGCAGCAGCAAGAGCAGCAACAGAAGCAGCAGCAGCAGCAGCAGCAGCAGCAGCAGCAGCAGCAGCAGCAGCAGCAGCAGCAGGAGCACCAGCAGCAGCAGCAGCAGCAGCAACAGCAACAGCAACAGCAACAGCAACAGCAACAGCAGCAGCAGGAGCAGCAGGAGCAAUGGACGUGUGGUAAAUCUAAUCAGCAGUUUGUCAAAGGGAAUGAAGAAGCUGCAAAAGACCACAAGCUUCUGGAUUGUGCACUGCUUGAAUGGGGACGCGAAGAACAUGUCAAUGUGAUCGCAGCCAAGUAUCCCUUGGGUUUUGAUUUCAUCAUUGGUGCCGAUAUCUGCUACCAGCAGAAUAGUCUGCCGCAUCUGUUUGAGACGGUGGACGUGCUGAGCGCAGUUGCAGAGCGAAAUGGUAAGGAAUGCAUUUUCUUGUUGGCAUAUGUCUCACGCUACCGGAGCGUUGAUGCAAGGCUAGCAGAGGCAGCAGCGUACCAUCGGUUCAAACUGGUACCAAUCGAAGACACUCGUCAAAAAGUGGGAGGCGGCUUGUAUGAUGGAGUGGUAUUUGAGGUGCUGAAAAUAUCUCAAUCUGCAACCGCUGAUCUGCGAGGCCCUGCAAUGUCCCCUGUUUCUUCUUCUCUCUCUUGACCCAGGCAAAGAUAAAGAGCAUAAAUGCAUACAUCCCGAACUUUCGGGGGCUCGGGGCUUCCGGACCAAGAUGGCUGGCACCACCAGCCAAAAAGAAAAGAAAUUGCCUACGUGCCGUUUCAUUUUCUUUUUUUGGCGUGCGGCAUGGUCUCGGUGAAAACAGCCUCAGACGUAGGGGUGGUGGUUUAAGCACGUGUGCAAAUCUUCGUUCAACAGUUGCCAGAGAGAGAAUAAAAGAAGGCUUUCCAUGGAUCUGAUGCUGGCGAGAUCACAGCCAACUCUUGCCCUUUGUGUUUGGUCUUUCCAUAGUGGAAGCAGAUCUGGUGGAUGUGGUGUGUGUGGGGGGGGGAGGAUUGAGAGGGAGAGAGAGAGAGAGAGAGAAUGGAUGGAUGGAUGAAACGAAGGGAGGUAUCCAAUUCGAAGGAAUACUCCGUUGAGUCGGCGUUGACUUAGGUAGUUGAACUUAGUCCCAAAUUCCUGUCCAUCUUUAUGGCAUUCUAGUUGGAACUCUGUUGAGUCGUCCAUGAAGUUUCGACUGGUUGUCGUUCGUUUUAAGUGCGGGAUGUUAUGCUGAUUUUCAGAACCUGUAUUGUUCUGUCUGAUUCCUUUUUCUCCGGCCACGACUCCCAUUAUGUUAGUCACUGCUUGUCAUGGUCUGGUGCCUGUCAUUGCUGUUCUGUUCUGUCAAUGCCGAUUUGAGA